ACGUCUGCGCUGUCCGCCUCGCCGGGGCUGUAGUGGCGCCGGCGCCUUCUCUGCUGCUGUGGUGAUUAGGACCUUGUGACUCAGGCCGGGCGUCUGCUGCCUGUGGAGCGGCCGCGUCUCUUCAGUGGUCUUCGAGGCCCGGAGCCCCUGUCACUGGCUGUCACCAGCAAGCUGGCUGCCUCUACGCUGGGAGAACAUCGCCUCAGGGCCAUGUCCAGGCCCAGCAGCGUCUCCCCGCGGCCGCCGGCUCCGGGCGGUGGCGGCGGAGGCGGAGGCGGCGGAGGCGGAGGCGGCGGCCCUGUCGCCUGUGGUGCUGGGGGCGGCCGCCGGGCCAAGGGGCUGAAGGAUAUUCGUAUCGACGAGGAGGUGAAGAUCGCAGUUAAUAUUGCUCUGGAGCGCUUCCGAUACGGGGACCAGAGAGAAAUGGAGUUUCCUUCUUCUUUGACCAGUACUGAAAGAGCCUUUAUUCAUCGAUUGAGUCAGUCUCUUGGUUUGGUCUCUAAAAGUAAAGGAAAGGGAGCAAAUAGAUACCUAACUGUGAAGAAGAAAGAUGGAUCAGAAACAGCUCAUGCGAUGAUGACCUGUAAUUUGACUCAUAAUACAAAACAUGCUGUUAGGAGCCUAAUUCAGAGAUUUCCUGUCACAAAUAAAGAGCGUACUGAACUUCUACCUAAAACAGAAAGAGGAAAUGUGUUUGCAGUUGAAGCUGAAAACCGAGAAAUGAGCAAAACCAGUGGACGACUCAACAAUGGCAUACCUCAAAUACCUGUGAAAAGAGGAGAAUCUGAAUUUGAUUCAUUCAGGCAGUCAUUACCAGUGUUUGAGAAACAAGAAGAAAUUGUUAAAAUAAUUAAGGAAAAUAAAGUAGUUUUGAUUGUAGGAGAAACUGGGUCUGGAAAGACCACACAGAUUCCUCAGUUCCUUUUAGAUGAUUGCUUUAAAAAUGGUAUCCCGUGCCGUAUAUUUUGUACUCAGCCGAGACGAUUAGCAGCUAUUGCUGUGGCUGAAAGAGUUGCUGCCGAGAGAAGGGAAAGAAUUGGUCAAACAAUUGGAUAUCAGAUUCGAUUGGAAAGCAGGGUUUCUCCAAAGACACUUCUGACAUUUUGCACAAAUGGGGUAUUGCUUCGUACAUUGAUGGCAGGUGAUAGCACAUUGUCAACUGUGACACAUGUUAUUGUGGAUGAAGUGCAUGAAAGGGAUCGAUUUAGUGAUUUUUUACUUACAAAGUUAAGAGAUUUGUUGCAAAAGCAUCCAACUUUGAAACUAAUUCUUUCUAGUGCUGCUCUGGAUGUAAAUCUUUUUAUAAGAUAUUUUGGAAGUUGUCCAGUGAUCCAUAUACAGGGAAGACCAUUUGAAGUAAAGGAAAUGUUUCUGGAAGAUAUUUUAAGAACUACUGGAUAUACAAACAAAGAAAUGUUAAAGUAUAAAAAAGAAAAACAACGAGAAGAAAAACAGCAAACCACACUUACAGAAUGGUACUCUGCUCAAGAGAAUACUUUCAAGCCUGAAUCUCAGAGACAGAGAACUGUUCCAAAUGUGACUGAAGAGUAUGAUUUAUUGGAUGACGGGGGUGAUGCUGUCUUUAGUCAGCUGUCAGAAAAAGAUGUGAAUUGUCUUGAACCAUGGCUAAUAAAGGAAAUGGAUACUUGUCUUUCUGACAUAUGGCUGCAUAAAGAUGUUGAUGCCUUUGCUCAGGUCUUUCAUCUUAUUUUAACUGAAAAUGUUAGUGUUGAUUACAGACAUAGUGAAACCAGUGCAACAGCUCUGAUGGUUGCUGCAGGCCGAGGCUUUGCAAGUCAAGUAGAGCAGUUAAUUAGUAUGGGAGCCAAUGUCCAUAGUAAAGCAUCAAAUGGCUGGAUGGCCUUAGAUUGGGCUAAACACUUUGGGCAGACUGAAAUUGUGGAUCUUCUAGAAUCUUACAGUGCUUCAUUGGAAUUUGGAAAUCUAGAUGAAAGUUCUCUAGUUCAAACAAAUGGAAAUGACCUCAGUGUAGAAGAUAGAGAGCUCCUGAAAGCCUAUCAUCACAGUUUUGAUGAUGAAAAAGUAGACUUGGAUUUGAUCAUGCAUCUUCUAUAUAAUAUCUGCCAUAGCUGCGAUACUGGUGCAGUAUUAAUUUUUCUACCUGGAUAUGAUGAAAUUGUUGGUCUGAGAGAUCGCAUCCUAUUUGAUGACAAGCGGUUUGCUGACAAUGCCCAUAGAUAUCAGGUCUUUAUGCUUCAUUCAAAUAUGCAAACGUCUGAUCAAAAGAAAGUAUUAAAAACUCCACCUGCAGGUGUUCGUAAAAUAAUUCUUUCCACAAAUAUUGCUGAAACCAGCAUAACAGUCAAUGAUGUUGUCUUUGUUAUUGAUUCUGGAAAAGUGAAAGAGAAAUCAUUUGAUGCAUUGAAUUUUGUUACAAUGUUAAAAAUGGUAUGGAUUUCAAAAGCUAGUGCAAUACAACGAAAAGGCAGAGCGGGGCGAUGUAGACCUGGAAUUUGUUUUCGUCUGUUUAGUAGACUCCGAUUUCAAAAUAUGUUGGAAUUUCAGACUCCAGAACUUCUGAGAAUGCCAUUACAGGAACUUUGUUUACAUACCAAACUGUUAGCACCAAUUAAUUGUACCAUUGCUGAUUUCCUUAUGAAAGCUCCUGAACCUCCACCAGCUUUAAUUGUAAGAAAUGCUGUACAGAUGCUUAAGACAAUCGAUGCAAUGGAUACAUGGGAAGAUCUCACUGAGCUUGGAUAUCAUUUGGCUGACUUGCCAGUAGAACCACAUCUUGGUAAAAUGGUGCUGUGUGCAGUGGUUUUAAAGUGUCUGGAUCCUAUCCUUACGAUUGCCUGCACACUAGCUUACCGAGACCCUUUUGUGCUGCCUACUCAGCCCUCUCAAAAACGCGCUGCUAUGCUUUGUAGGAAACGUUUCACUGCAGGAACCUUUAGUGACCACAUGGCACUUCUCAGAGCUUUCCAGGCAUGGCAGAAAGCAAGAAGUGAUGGGUGGGAGCGAGCCUUUUGUGAAAAGAAUUUUCUUUCACAAGCGACCAUGGAAAUAAUUAUAGGCAUGAGAACACAGUUGCUUGGUCAACUUAGAGCAUCAGGUUUUGUAAGAGCUAGAGGAGGUGGUGACAUUCGAGAUGUUAACACAAAUUCUGAGAACUGGGCUGUUGUAAAAGCUGCAUUGGUGGCAGGCAUGUAUCCUAAUUUGGUCCAUGUGGACAGAGAGAAUGUAGUAUUGACGGGGCCAAAGGAGAAAAAAGUACGAUUUCAUCCUACUUCAGUUCUCAGUCAGCCUCAGUAUAAAAAGAUUCCUCCAGCCAAUGGUCAAGCUGCAGCAAUUCAGGCAUUGCCCACUGAUUGGCUUAUUUAUGAUGAGAUGACCAGAGCCUAUAGAAUAGCUAAUAUUAGAUGUUGUUCAGCAGUCACACCUGUUACUGUUUUGGUGUUCUGUGGGCCAGCGAGGUUGGCAAGUAAUGCUCUUCAGGAACCUUCAUCCUUUAGAGCGGAUGGCAUUCCCAAUGACAGUAGUGACAGUGAAAUGGAGGACAGAACUACUGCUAAUUUGGCAGCUUUGAAGCUUGACGAGUGGCUCAAUUUUAAGCUAGAGCCAGAGGCAGCCAGUUUAUUGCUGCAACUCAGGCAGAAGUGGCACAGCUUAUUUUUACGUCGAAUGAGAGCUCCAUCUAAACCUUGGUCUCAAGUUGAUGAAGCUACCAUAAGAGCAAUUAUAGCUGUUUUAAGCACUGAAGAACAAUCGGCAGGUUUACAGCAACCAUCUGGGAUUGGCCAAAGGCCACGGCCUAUGUCUUCAGAAGAACUUCCAUUGGCAUCAUCUUGGAAGGCAAAUAAUAGUAGGAAAAGUGCAGCAGAUUGUGAAUUUUCUGAUGAGUCUGCUACUGCAGAAAGAGUAUUGAUGAAAUCUCCAUCUGCGGCAUUGCAUCCACCUCAGAAAUACAAAGAUAGAGGAAUUUUACAUCCUAAACGAAGCACAGAUGACCGAUCAGAUCAAUCUUCUGUAAAAUCUACAGAUAGCAGUAGUUACCCAAGUCCUUGUGCUAGUCCUUCUCCUCCAUCCUCAGGAAAGGGCUCAAAAUCUCCUUCACCAAGACCAAACAUGCCAGUUCGGUACUUCAUAAUGAAGAGUAGCAAUCUGAGAAACCUUGAAAUUUCUCAGCAGAAGGGUAUCUGGUCUACCACCCCAAGUAAUGAGCGAAAGCUAAAUCGAGCCUUUUGGGAAAGCAGCAUGGUUUACUUGGUAUUUUCUGUUCAAGGAUCUGGACACUUCCAGGGGUUUUCAAGGAUGUCUUCUGAGAUAGGAAGGGAGAAGAGCCAAGACUGGGGCUCAGCUGGACUAGGCGGAGUAUUUAAGGUUGAGUGGAUACGAAAAGAAAGCCUUCCCUUUCAGUUUGCACAUCAUUUACUUAAUCCUUGGAAUGACAACAAGAAAGUACAGAUAAGCAGAGAUGGGCAGGAACUAGAACCUCAGGUUGGUGAACAGUUGCUGCAGUUAUGGGAACGUCUUCCACUGGGAGAAAAAUCCACAACUGAUUGACACUCAGAGAUCAGCUGUGGAAGAAAUCAUGCCUAUUAUAACUGUUGAAUGCACUGACUUCCAAAAACUGACAUAGGCUUUUGUGUCACUGAAUGACCUUCUCUGGUUUAGAGUGUUGCUUCAGAGUUACCACCAUGUUUAUGUAAGAGAAAAAGAUCAUUAAAUCUUUAUAGUGAUCAUAGGGAAUGCCUGUAUAAUGUUUGUUAAUAAUAGGUUUGUAAGGAAUAAAAUAGUAAUAGUUCAUCAUUUGAUAUAGCAGCAGUAUAUUUUAAACAAACUUACUUUGAAGUUAAACAUUUCCUUAAAACCCUGACUUAAACUCUUAUUGAUGAUUGUAAUGUGGGAAAGGCCUGAAUGUAUCAGUACAUCUGAGCACCAUUUUAGAUGAGUCAACUCUUUAAGAAGUAGCAUUAAUAAAUACAGCCAAUCAAAUUCUAAAAAUAUUCUUUUAAAAAAUAGAAUGUGUUAAGGUCUAUUCAUUUUAUCAUUUUUAAUCUGAAAUACAUUAAAGGAAUAAGAGAAGUUCUUCUGGCAUGAUGAUAAAAUGCAGUAAACUGUGACUUUGUUGAUUAGAUCAGUUCAAGUGCUUGCCUUUAUUCCUUGUCCUGCCUUUUUCACUUGAUGUAUACUAUAUCCUUUCUUAUUUUCCUUCCAUUUAACAAACUUUAUGUAUCUCUUACAUGAGCACAGCAAUUGUGACCUUUUUGUUUUGGUUACAGAAGCUUAAGUUAGAUAAAAGUUAAAAACAGUAGUGCUCAUUGUCGAUAACUGGAUUGGUAUAUGUUCUUGAAACUAACCUGCAGAAGGAACACAGUCCCAAAUGUCUUCUUCCAUUUAUUUUUCAUUACUUUUUCUUGACUUAUCUUCUCAGAUAUGAUUUUCCCUUUUUUACACUUAUGAUUUAAUAAAUAGAGAAAACUUUUUUUUUUGGCAAACUCGUACUACUGCCAGGUUACAUACUUCUUGGCCUUCUCAGGGUUAUUUGGCUUGAUACUGUUCAUAAAGUUUUUCUAGAGACUUUUAAGGGGAAAAUAGAUGUAUGGGGGAAACUAAAUGAAAUGUAUUGGUUACUGAACUCUAAAUAUUGAACAGGUUUAAUAUAUUCGUCAUGACAUAUUUGAGUCACUAUUAUUAUGAGAACAUGAGUCCAGUUUAAAAACCAAAAAGAAAACUUGUAAGUCCUCUGGUCCUGCAUUUGAGAAUAAAGAAGUGAAAAAUUAUGGGUCAACAUAAGAUCUUAAGAACCCUCUACUUUUUCUGAGAAAAAAUAUAUAUUGAUAUGUUAAUUUAGAAUGUCAGCUGUGAAUUUUGCCUGUAUUAGUAAUUAGCUUUUUAAAAAUACUUUGAAACACACCUGUAAAUUGAGUUAAUGUGAAUUAUGUGUAAUAUGUUCCAUUGUAUGUAUUACCUUUUUUUCUUAUUAGAGUAACUUACAUUUUCCUGAUAGUGUUUACCUUUUUUUAAAAAAGUAGACAUUUAGUAAUUCACAGUAUUCAAAAUUUGGAAGAACUUUUUAAAAUUACAACUUGUUUAAUUUUAAUCUGUUUUCUAAUAUCUAGCCUUGUAUAUAAAUGAUGAGUUUGUUGGUAAAGUGAAUACAAUUUGAAUGUAAUUAAAAUGCUGUUUUUGGAAGAGAUGAACUUUAAAUAUUCAUUUAUUAAAUGAAAUUCUAUUAAGUUA